UCUUUCAUUAGGGCUCGCUAACGUGAACCUCCAAAAAUUGUGUGCGCUAUCCACCCCACCUGGGCCAAAAAGUUCCAGUAUCGCCAACACCAACAGCAGCAUCUUGCUCUUGCGCAGACCACAUCUUGCCUCCCACCCCCUCCAGCGCAAAACAACAAAAAUCCUUCACAAUGGCUGAUCGUGGAGCUUCUCGCGGCGGUGGUUUCGGAUCCCGAGGCGGUGAUCGCGGCCGAGGACGUGGCCGUGGCCGUGGUCGUGGUCGCGGCAAGAACGAGGAGAAGGAGUGGCAGCCCGUCACCAAGCUCGGUCGAUUGGUCAAGGCCGGCAAGAUCAACAGCAUGGAGGAGAUCUACCUUCACUCUCUGCCCAUCAAGGAGUACCAGAUUGUCGACAACUUCCUGCCCAAGCUCAAGGAUGAGGUCAUGAAGAUCAAGCCCGUCCAGAAGCAGACCCGUGCCGGUCAGCGAACCCGAUUCAAGGCCAUUGUCAUCAUUGGUGACUCCGAGGGCCACGUCGGUCUUGGUAUCAAGACCUCCAAGGAGGUUGCUACCGCCAUCCGUGCCGCUAUCAUCAUUGCCAAGCUCAGCGUCAUCCCCGUGCGACGAGGUUACUGGGGUACCAACCUUGGUCAGCCUCACUCCCUGCCCUGCAAGGAGUCUGGCAAGUGCGGUUCCGUCACCGUCCGUCUCAUCCCCGCUCCCCGUGGUACUGGCCUCGUUGCCUCUCCCGCUGUUAAGCGAUUCCUCCAGCUUGCCGGUGUCGAGGACGCCUACACCUCCUCCGCCGGUUCCACAAAGACCCUCGAGAACACCCUCAAGGCUACCUUUGUGGCCGUCUCCAACACUUACGGCUUCCUUACCCCCAACCUCUGGAAGGAGACCAAGCUCAUCAAGAGUCCCCUGGACGAGUACGCCGACACACUGCGGGAGGGUAAGCGAUACUAGAGCUAGAGCGGGAAAGUUUUAUGCUGGGAGCUGGAAACUGGUGCCGCGGAGUCACGAUUCCUUGUGUUUCAUUGCAUAGGUUGGCCGGUUAGGACACGUCGGAUCUGAGGCUAUGAGAAAUAAUGGCUUAAGGUCUGAAUGAAAAAGAAAUUUCAUCCUUCAUGAUUGCUUUUUUUGCAAAACAAACAUUGGUCCCUCAUUAUUUACCUGCGUGUGGUGAUAAAGAAAUGGUGAAAAUUGAGAGAUUGAGCUAACAACACAAAACUAACUCCAAAUACCAAGUCUAGCCAAAGCACCAAUAACUAACAACUAAUACAAGGAUAAAGCAGUAGACCCUACUCAACAGCCGAAAAGCCGAUACCAGUCGCAUAUUUCACUACAAAUCAAACAAACUAUCUUGGUCUGUCUCCUGGUCCUCUUCUUGCUGCUCUGGCAAUUCGGACUCUGGCUCGAUAACCUCCAACUCAACCGGGUGAGACUGUAUUUCAGUUGUCACUUGUCUGAGUCUCAGCCGCUUAGGCAGAGCCCCGGACAAGCCUUGUCCCCACGUACCAGCGCUGCUCGAUUCUGCCUGAGUAGUCCCAGGUUCUGGAGGGGAGACGGAGGAAGAAUCAGGCUUAGUCAGGAACGUUGGGACAAUUGGUGAAGGUGCUUGGGCACGAGAUGAGCGCCGUUCUGAGGAUGGGCCUGCUUGAGUUUCUUCCCAAAGUUGCAUCGCAGCCUCGUCCAUUUCAACAUCUGUGCUUCCGACAGAAGAACCCUCCCCUUCAGCGGGCUCAUCGUCUGAAAACACGGGCUCGCUUCGAGGCUUACUUUGGGGAAUAUCACGAGGAUUGACCCUGGGCAGCGCACUGGGAUCCACUGGGACGUUCUUACGACCAAAUAGAGCACUUAGGCGCUGAGUCCAAGUCCGCGGUUCUUCUGUCUCUAUACCUACAGCAACAUGUUAGUCAGAGUUUGGCGCUACAUAUUUCAAUGCUUA